UAUACACUCGUGUGUGUAUAUGGAGGGAAUAUUAUUACUAAGUUAGAAUUUUGUGUUAAUCAACCUAAAUGAGAGACUUUUUCCAUAGUCUGCAUUUCUUCCUUUAAAACUGGAUUUAUGUACUUGUGGAUGCUUUUCCUUCUCUGGGUCAAUAGAGAUGAGGUCAGGAUCUUGUGGAUGCUGAUCUUGACUCAAUCCACUCCGCUCCAUAUAACUUUUUUUUCCAAACACUAUGUUUUAAAGAAAUACCAGUUUUCAGUUUUCAAAUUGUCAGUCUAUUAUUGAUUUAUUUAUGAUUAGCAGCAGCUUAUUGGUUUCUCAGUUGUUUCUUAACUUUUCGACGCCUUUGGAUUUUUUCUGUAAUAUUUGACCUUUAAGUUUGAACCUCAUAGUAAAAACUAUUUUCAAGUGUCAUCACUUUUAAGGUGGAAUGUUUAGAGAAACUCGCUUUUAGGUUGUUUUAACAUGUAACAAAGUUAAAAGUUUAACGUAGAGUGUUUGGUAGCUGCGUGAUAGAUAAAUAUAUAGAGGUGUGUGACAAAUAGACUUGUUAAAACAAUCUACCAAGACGAGUUUAUGUAAAGGUGUGUGUUUGGCUCAGUGUAGUGGAGUCAUUUAAAUUUACUUUAAAUUGUUGACCUUCCAUCUUGUCUAAAUUUCUUGUGCAUGUUGCAUGUAUGUAUUUAUUUAUAUGAAUGUUUUAUGCAAUUGUUUAUUUCUACAUUCAUUUACACUCAUUAAUGAAUCUUUCUUAAUUUUUUUUAAUUUAAUUUGCCUCCCAUACUGUUGAGUGAGUGUUCAUGAUUAGUUUCCCAAUUAGUACGUGCGUUAAUAAAAAAAUAUAAUAUAAUAUAACACUAACGUCUCGUAGGGGAAGGGAAAAAUAUGUAUAAAUAUGUGUGUGUAUAUAUACAGAAUUUGACGUGUUUUGGGGCUUUUUAGGACAUACUAACAUUUUUUCUAUUAAAAAACGUUUUUGUUGCAAGUCUUAAGUUUGAAGACAAGCUUUGUGGCUCUUGCAGCCUGUUGCAACUCGACGCUCCACCUUAAAGAAAAGUGGGCGGGCCUAAGCGCCGUGGCCAAUGAACGGUCUUCUUCGUAUUUAAAUACCUCUGCGUGUCAAUCAUCCACCCCCCUCCCCCCGGUCGAGCUCCCCUCUCAAUCCCAACUACAUCUCUCAAUCGCCAUAUUGGGUCUGAGAAGGUUUGUCUGCAGUUCCUCUCGCUGCGGGACGAAGGUGACGGAGCGGCUCCGGUUCCUGUGCACCGUGUUUUGAUGCCCCGCGCAGACGACGCCGUGGACAUUACCGUCUCGCGCUCGUCGUCUGCAUGGCCUAAGCCGUUUCACGCCUGUUUCUGGAUCUUGCUCGGCGACGAGGAGAAACACCCGCUGCUGCCGAGCGUCGCUGUUUUUCCUCUUCUCGUGAAAACUGGACGCGCGCGGCUGUUUGAAGAAAAAAAAAAACACCUAGUGUUCAUUUUCGAGGAGGAAAAUGUCAGAUGUUCGACUUUCAAACGGGAGCCCGACGUUGGAGCGGACGGACACCCGGGUGUCUGAGCACCCGAAGCCGUCCGCCUGCAGGAACCUCUUCGGUUCCGUGGACCACGAAGAGUUAAAGAGGGAUUUAAAGGGACACUUGCGGGAGAUGGAAGAGGCUGCGUCCGCCAAGUGGGGCUUCGACUUCGCCAAUCACACGCCGCUCGCCAACGGCAGACUCAAGUGGGAGUCGGUGGACAGCAGAGACGUCCCGGCUUUCUACAGCAGGCAGCCGUGGCAGAAGGGCGUCUGCCCCGCCGGGAAUAACAAUGUGGAUCUAAACGGGAACCAUAGCUGUGUUGUGGUGGCUCCCGAAGACAGCGACGCGCAGAUGGAGCGCACGGAGCAGUGCGUCGGGCUGCGGAAAAGACCUGCGCGUCACGACCCCUCGGCUCAGAAUAAGAGGUCACACACCAGUUCAGAGGAGCUUAGUUGUCCGAGUCUGAGCCGCCCCGCAGAACACACACCCCGAAAGAGCAGCCCCAGGACGCAGACGUGAGGACGACACGAAAACAUAUUUCCUCCUUUUAUGUGGGAAAAUUCAGUGUUGGCUGAUUUAUUUUAUAUUUUUUUCCUUUCUUUUUUGGGAAGAGGAACUACACAGCAUCAGAAACAUAUCAUCUCUCCUGAAGACGGGGGAGGACGCUGUUGAAGCACUGACUAGAAACACUAAAGUUGUGGCACUCAAUUAAAAGUUACUGCCUCUAAAAAAGCAGUUGAUGUAGCAGUGUGCAAUUAGGUUUGAUUUCCUUUUUUGCUCCUUUUUACUACCUGUGUGUAAAUAAAUAAAUAAAUAUAUAUUAUUUCUUUCUAUAUGUAGCACAUAAGAAACAUUAUGAUUUGAAAACAAAUCCUUUAUGUAAAAAGUGUGAAUUUUGAUUUGACUUGAAGAAUUGCAGUGUAGUUUGAUACAUGUUUCCAAAAUGCUGUUUUUGUUUUUUUUUAGUAAUUAUUUUUAUUCUAUUUUCUCCAUGGCAGCAAGACUUUGACACAGUCCCUAAUUGCUACAUUUAAAACACAAUCAUGGUUUCUUACAGUUUCUUAACAGUGGAUCUUCACAUCGUCACCUUCCUAUAUAUUUUUUAUUUUUUCGCCCUCAUCUGGUUCUUUCAGUGUCACUAAGUGCAGGCUCUCUUCUAAUAAUCACACAGGAAUAUGUCCUCUUUAAAUUGCCCAAUAUUUAUUCAGAGAAAGUAUAUUUGGUAUUUGUGAAAUCCUGGAUUUUUUUUUUUUUAACUUAAGUUCUCCUGCACACCUCAGACACAUUGUAACGUGUUUGAUUUCCUCUGGAGUAGUGAGGUACUCGUAUUGAAGGACAAAGACCACACAAACUACACAGGUUGUGUAAUACACAAAGUUGUGCUCUCCUUGACUGUAUUCUUGUUGUUUCAUCAGCCUUGUUGCUCUGCAGUGGGUGUUUUCAAAAGGGUUGAAUGUCCUACAAUACCAAAUACAUGGUUGCUUCAGUUGCUUCAGCCAGAACUGCCUGAGCUUCUUUAGUUGACUUCACAUUGUGUUACAUUGUGAUUACUUAAAUUUCCAUUUAUGUUUGUACAUUUUCUUCAUCGUUGUUGUUGGCCUGCUGAGGAUGCUUCCCUCUUUUUGCCUUAUGUACACCUACAUGGAGGUCUCAGAAAUACAGUCACCAUGCCUGUGUAUUUGUGUAAAUCUUUGCAGAUGUACCUAUGUACAUAAUUUUUUAAAAAAACACUGAGAAAUUAUACUAACUUAUUUAUGUUGAGCUUUUUUAUGUAGAAUAAAAAAUGGGUUUUGAUUAUGGUUAUCCAAAGUGGCAUUUACUUUAUUAUAAUUGUCUUAUUUUGUAAGAGCAUAUUUUUGGUAGUUUAUUUUUUUUCUUAUCAAUAAGGUUGCAAACUGAGCCUGAUAAAAAUAUUUGAUGUGCAUUUUGUAAUGUGUGGUUAUAAAAUGUGUUGCAAUCAAUUAAAAGAGAUAAUUAAAUCUGA